UUUAUUUUUCUGUAAAUUAUCCAGUAAUCUCCCAUUUCCUUUCCCACACUGAGGCUUAGAGAAAUAACAGUAUCAGUUACCAUUUCCAUGGAGGAUUUGAAGCCAAGGCCUGCAAAUUCCUCUCCUCUCACGCCACUUGGCUUCCUCGACAGAGCCGCCACCAUCUACGGCGACUGCCCUUCAGUCAUCUACGGCUCCACUACCUACACGUGGUCUCACACCCACCGUCGAUGUCUUCGACUCGCUUCUUCCCUCUCAUCCAACGGCAUCCACAGGGGCCACGUCGUCUCCGUCGUCGCUCCCAACACCCCCGCCAUGUACGAGCUCCAGUUCGCUGUUCCGAUGGCCGGCGCCAUCCUCAACAACAUCAAUCUCCGCCUUGACGCCCAUACCAUCUCCAUGCUCCUCCGCCACAGUGAAUCCAAGCUCAUCUUCGUCGAUCAGGCUUCUUGCUCCCUUAUUAACGACGCCUUGAAUUUGUUUCCAACAAAAUCCAAACGGCCGGUGCUCGUCCUUAUUGCGGACGAUGUUGCGACAGAGGAGUCUUCUUCACCGAUUUUCGGUGAUUUCGUUGACACGUAUGAGGGAAUGGUGGAGAAAGGGGAUCCAGAGUUCCGGUGGAUUCGACCGCUGAGCGAGUGGGAUCCAAUUGUUUUGAAUUACACCUCUGGAACAACGUCGUCGCCGAAGGGAGUGGUCCAUUGCCACAGAGGAAUUUUCAUGGUGACUCUGGAUUCGCUUCUCGAAUGGGGCAUCCCUAAGCAAUCGGUUUAUUUAUGGACCUUGCCGAUAAUGUAUACCACUUGGUCUCCAUCACAUUUGGAAAAGUUAAUAAUCUUCAAAGAUAUGAAGGAGUCGACUUCAAUCUAUAAACGCCAUAGUCUCAUGUUUGGAACAAGAGUAAUGCCUACCAAAACAGCCACACGCUUCUCAAUGGAGAGAGAGAAACAGAGGAGUUGUAGGAGAGCAAUUACAGUAUCAGUUAUAGUUGCAACUAAUUCCAUUGAAGAUUUGAAGCCAAGGCCUGCAAAUUCCUCUCCUCUUACGCCAAUUGGCUUCCUCGACAGAGCCGCCACCAUCUACGGCGACUGCCCUUCAGUCAUCUACGGCUCCACUUCCUACACGUGGUCUCAGACCCACCGUCGAUGUCUUCAACUCGCUUCUUCCCUCUCAUCCAACGGCAUCCACAGGGGCCACGUCGUCUCCGUCGUCGCGGCGGUGGUGGCACGACCGGACGAGUUUUGGGGGGAGACGCCGUGCGCAUUCGUGAGCUUGAGAGAAGGACUGACUCGGAAGCCGACGGAGGAGGAGAUAAUGGAGUAUUGCAGAGGGAAGCUGCCGCGGUUCAUGGUGCCGAAGACGGUGGUUUUCAMGGCGGAGCUGCCGAAGACGUCGACCGGAAAGAUCCAGAAGUUCGUGCUCAAAGAGAUCGCCAAGUCAAUGGGCCCCGCAUGA